AUGGCGUUGCACCGCACCUCCCAAUCCUCGAGGCGAGGGGCCUCCAUUUCGUCUGCCAUGGUGAAGGUCGGGCUGAAGGCAGACGGCAGAGCAAAACAAGCGCCGCUGCUGCUGCUGCUGCUGCUGCUGCUGCUGCUGCUGGUUGUCUCCUGCCUCUUGCCUUCCGCCGCCUCCCGGGCUCUGCUCAGCACGAUGCGCCCGAGCGUGUGGACCGCCUGCCUGGCGGUGGCCGUGGCCCUGCUCAUCUGCAGAUCGCCACGGUCAGAUCCCUUUGAGGUCUUUCGCACACGGGCCUUGCAGCUGGUUAGCCAGGUUCAAGUGACGCCGCGCAAGUUUAUCGUCGGUACCAACGCUGCCGUCGAUGUGAUUGUGCCUGCGCUCGAGUUUUUCGAGGCGGCACAUGUGGACCCACCAGCCCAAACCGCCCAACUUGCCGCUCUCAAGGACACAGCUGGUCUGGCUGAAACCUUUGCGCACUUUUUUGAUCACGGCGUGGCCGCUGAGCGGCCCUUCUUGACAAAUCGCCCAUAUCAACUCUUGGUGGCCGCGGCUCGGGAGGUGCCCAGUCACGUGCUCUUUGCUGGCGGCAACGCCGCGCUCAUGGCCUCGUACCUCGCCGAACAGACGACGCGCCCUGCGCGGGAGGAGCUAGUCUAUCCCUGGCCGACGGCCGAGCACGAGGUGCAUCUCGUCGGUCCUGUGGGCCCCGACCUUGCCAAACUCCUGCACCCACGCCUCAUCGUGGACCUCGCGGCCCGCCAAGCUCAGGAUGAGUAUCACCUCAUCCUCGAGUACAAGCACCACGACCAGUGGGGCGCCUACACGGCCGACCGCGCCAACCGCUUCAUCUUCUCAAAUGAUAUGAGCAACGCUGAGCUGCGCACGCUGCACAGCCUUGCCGCGGUGUGCCACGAGCAUGCCGCUCGCGCCGACGUUAUUGUGCUCUCGGGUCUCCACAUGCUUGACGGUCAAAAUGCCUCCUUUAUCGCUGCCCGCCUCCAGGAACUGCAGCGCUUGCUGCGCGAGCUGCCCCGCACCGCCCUGGUGCAUCUGGAGUUGGCCAGUCUGGCCGAUGCCGAUCUGAUGCGCGCCAUUGCACAACAGAUCCUACCCGUGGUGGAUUCCCUGGGGCUCAAUGAGCAAGAGCUCUUGGCCCUGACCAGUGCCAUGCAGGGGCCCCACGCUGACUACGGCCAUCAGCCCAUCAACAUCCCCGAUGUGGCCGUCGUCGCCGACAUUUUGUCGUGGCUGUUGACGCCACCCCUUCGCCAAACCCUACAGCAGCGCCCACGUUUGACGCGCGUUCACUUUCACUCCCUCACCUAUCAUAUUACCGCCGCCCGUGCUGGGGUGUAUCAGCAAGUGGUGGGCUCUACGGUGCGCGGCACCCUUACGAGUGCUGUUCGGGCAUGCCAGGACAAUCAGUUGUCGGCCCAGAAGCACGAGUUGCGCAUGCCCGAGUCCUUUGCCGUCUCGCGUCUAGACUCGUAUGUGCAGAUGCUUUGCCCAAUCCUGCCAGCACCGCCAUUCGCGCCCCGGCUUGCUCGGCCAAAUACCAUCUAUGGCCGUGCGCCGCUCGUGCUGAUCGCAAUCAUGGCUCUGGUGGGGCUGACGCGCAGUCGCUGGACGGACAAGGUGCAGUUCCCCUACCACGAGGGCUUUUACCAUUGGAAGCGAGGCCUGAACUACCUCGAGGAGCUGUACAAGCGCAAGCAGUGCGAUCUGCUUCGCUUCAUGCUGCGUAUCCGCGCGUGGCAGUACCGCCAGCUGACGGCCGUGCACCGUGUGACGCACCCCACUCGCCCCGACAAGGCGCGUCGCCUCGGCUACAAGGCCAAGCAGGGUUACGUUGUGUACCGCGUGCGCGUCAAGCGCGGUGGCCGCAAGCGCCCUGUUCCCAAGGGCCGCACCAUGGGUAAGCCCAAGGACCAGGGUAUCAACGAGCUCAAGUUCCAGCGCAGCCUCCGCAGCCAGGCUGAGGAGCGCGUUGGCCGCAAGUGCGGUGGUCUCCGUGUUCUCAACUCGUACUGGGUUGCUGAGGACGGUACCUACAAGUUCUUCGAGGUUAUCCUCGUUGACCCCGCCCACAAGGCCAUCCGCCGUGAUGCCCGCAUCAACUGGAUCUGCAACCCCGUGCACAAGCACCGCGAGCUCCGCGGCCUCACCUCGGCCGGCAAGCUCAACCGUGGUAUGCACAAGGGUAACAAGUUCACCAAGAACCACCACGGUUCUCGCCGCCACAACUGGAAGCGCCGCAACACCAUCAGCCUCCGCCGUUACCGAUAAGCGCCUUACCGUGCUUGCGCUUGUCUUCUGCCAACUCUGCCCGCUUGGGUUCUUUUCGAGUCUCCUAGCGAGUGUUGUUUGGUGGAGCAUGAUCGCGUGUUGCCCGUGGGCUUGGUCUGUCUGGUCCGGUUUUCUCCCAUCCGGCAAAUCGAGCGUCCUCCC